GCUCGCCGUGGCCGGGAGCGUCUCGCGGUUGUCACGCGUUGAUAAGUAAAAUAUAGUCCUCGCACCCCAGACUUAUCCCGGCGACGAGACACUUAUACUAUUAUUCAAGUUCCGAAACUUCGUGCGGGGGAAAAGUUCCACGAAGAAAAAUCGCGAGUCGGCGAAUCCGCGUGAUAUUCUCGCCGACAUUUGUUUUCCGCGAACUUGCGCGAUUAACUCGCGUCACAGCGAUAUACACUUGGCGAUUCUCCAGAAAAUUACUUUUACGAAGACGUAAAGGAAUUACUCCAUUAAAUUCCAGACGAAAGUCGUAACUUUUUAUUUGAGGGAAAAAAGGCAGGCAAUUAAGUUGAAGCUUCGCAUCCUUUUCACAUCGAACGGAUGCUUUGAUCAAAGAUAAAAGUUUGGCUAUAUUCGAUGAAUAGAAGAAGCUCUAGUUGCGCUAAGGGGUACUUCAACUUACUUCGCUAAGUUACGUUGAGAGGAUCCCGGAAGCUAGCCCGUGAGGAAUUGCGAGGUAGCUUUCGGCGAGCUGACGUCAUCUAGAACAAACAAGUAGACUGAAGAUUCGUGGCGGGGAGGGUAUCAUGUCCCAAGGCUAAAGGAAAGAAAGCGAAGCGGUAGGAGCAACAGCAGGAGCAGCAGCAGCAGCAGCAGCAACCGCCGGAAAAAGGGAAGGUGAAGAAAGAAGGGAGAGAACGGAGCGGCGAGUAGAAAGACGUCAGAGGAAGCAUCGAAGACGAAGGACGAGAAAGAGGAGAAAGCUCGGAAGCUCGAGCCUCGGGGUUAUUACGACAGGCAAGUUAGACAGGCGAGAUAGGAUUUCGAUCGAGGUACUUCCGGGUACCGUGGUGGUUAAGAGCCGAUUAAUGCGAUCAGCCCUAAUUAGCAAUCAGCUAUUUUGCGGUCGCAACUCACUUUUUUGCUCGACGAUCCUGCGUGAUCGUGAAUAUUUAAUUAAGACAUUGUCAUCGUCGUCAUCGUUAUCGGAGGAAAGGUGAAAUCGAUCUUAUCUCGAUGCUAACUCAAGAUAUUUUCGGCAUUAUUCAACAAUGAUGACGGGCGUAGCAUUCCCCAGAAACGUCUCCUCGCUCGUUAUCGACUGAUUGAUCAGACUGACUGAUCAGACGAGGAAUUGAUCCCACGCAUUAACAGGACGAGGACGAACGAUGUUCGAUAAAGCCACAUAAGGAUCGCGCGUGUCUGUUUCUCUUCGCUUUUCUUUCGCCGAGGGAGACGAAAAGAGAAGGAGCUAAGAUGUGCGCGAGAUCGUUGCUACUGUGCGUCCUCGGCAUCAUCGCUGUCGUCAACGAAUCCGAAGCCAGUUGGGAGGAAUGGUGGACCUACGACGGUAUUUCUGGACCUUCGUUCUGGGGCCUGAUAAAUCCGCAAUGGUCCCUCUGCACCAAAGGAAGACGACAGAGUCCCAUCAACAUCGAACCGGACAAGUUGCUUUUCGAUCGUCACUUGAGACCGGUACACGUCGACAAACACAGGAUUUCCGGGCACUUACAUAAUACUGGGCAAUUCCUGGUAUUUAGAGCAGACAGGGAGGCGAAGAUACGGGUCAAUAUAACGGGUGGCCCGCUCGCCUAUCACUACCAGUUCGAGGAAAUAUAUAUUCACUAUGGAAUGGACGACGGUCAUGGUUCCGAGCAUCGUAUUAAUAACUAUGCUUUCCCCGCUGAAAUACAAGUCUAUGGCUUUAAUGCCGAACUGUAUCACAACAUGAGCGAGGCGCAGCAUAAAAGUCAGGGACUGGUGGCGAUCUCGUUAAUGGUGCAGCUCGGCGAGGUGUUAAAUCCCGAGCUGCAGAUCAUCACCAGCGUGUUCAGCAAGGUCAUACAUCGAGGGGACACCGCACCCGUGCGCUACCUGUCCCUGAGAAGCCUUCUACCGGAGACCCCCGGUUACAUGACUUACGAGGGCAGUACAACGCACCCCGGUUGUUGGGAAACGGCGGUCUGGCUGAUCCUCAACAAACCAAUUUACAUCACGGCGCGAGAGCUGUACGCCCUAAGGAAAUUAAUGCAGGGCCCAGUCAGCACACCGAAAGCGCCUCUCGGUAACAAUUCCAGACCGCUGCAGGGUCUUCAUUAUAGAACCGUGCGAACGAAUAUCGAUUUUGCCAAGCGAGGAAACGCCAAGUGUCCGUCGAUGGCGCAGGACAUGCAUUAUAGAGAUGACUUUUUCCUUCCAGCCAACACGUGGCGGGACGACGGUUCCCUAUCGCACAACGUAGUCUGAGGCCACCCCGCGGCAGGACCACGAGAGGGGACUUUUCUCUAAGGGAGUGGAACGAAGCGAGCUCAUGUGGGGAGGAUACUGAUGGAAAGAGCUAAUUUCUAACGGAAGAACGAGGAAAUUGUGCCGUGGCUGUGUGAAAAAAGAGACAGAACAGUGGAUUUUGAAUACGGUUGUAAGUCGAUGCGAAAUGAAUACCGUAUAAUAACUCUCAAAAUGGACGAACAAUUAUAAUGUAACCAAUAUGUCAUGCAGAAGUUAUAUGUACAUAAUUAUCUGCAAAUUAUACAUUACGUAUAAUUUGUAGAUAAGUUUGCAACAACAUGAAUCGAAUUUUGUUUUAUUCUCCGGAGUAGCGAGGACAAAGUUGCGUGUGUGUUGCUACAGCACUAACGUAAUUCUCGUAACACGAGUGAUCAAAGGAGCUUUAAGUGUCUUGUUGCGAUACAGAUUUUCAUUUAAUGCUGUUUUGUAAGUUUACGCAUUGAAGACUAUAAGAGUUAUCAAGGAUGGGCGCAAUUUAAAAUAAUACAUGUUACUAUAAAUUACGAUAUGUGUAUAUAUACAUACACGUAUAUACACGUAUGUACAUAUAAUUUUGUAAAAUGGACAAUAGCACUUUCAGAUAAUGGAUGAUUCCUAUAGCGAGAAGAUAGGCAUUGUCUCUUAAGGUAAGAAAACUUUUUUAAACUGCCCAUCGUUGAUAAAAUCAUAUAUGAUCAAUAUGUUUUCAUAUGAAAGAUCGCGAAAAUAAAAUGUAUAUGUUUGAAUGAAUUAAUUCCGCUGAUGAGCCUGUGACUCGGUCGAGUUAAUUUGACAGGUUUUUGUCAAUUACUUCAUAGCCAAUGGCGAUACGACGUGAACGAUGUAAAGCGAAAACCAUUACGAAACGAGGGGGGGAUGGAAAAUGGAAUGGGGGAAAUGAAGCGGAAGCGCGGGAAGAAGCGAGACGAUCGUGAUGGAUCUCGGUAGAAGAUACAGAAGAAGAAAUAGCCGGUAUCUCAUUGGAGGAAGAGGAGGAGAAGAGGCGGAGAGCAAUUUCGUAAUAGCUCCGGGAUAGAGAGGAGUAGGAUAAUAAAGAAGGAAUGGUACGGAAGAGGAAGAGAUUAGGAUGAAGUCAUGUGGUAGAUCAAUCGCGCGGAAGAGAACGCUGGCUCUCCGUUAGCUUAGCCGAUGGACGAAUAAUCCGGCGCUUUUGUAUAUAAAAACACAGAAAAUGUACACGAACAGACAUUACCUAAAAUAGACGUUAAGCAGCGGAAGACGAAACUCUUAGGGAGGAAAAAAAAAGCGUGUGUAUAGAGAAUAAAGUUGUAUCAUAUGAAAAAGUGAACGUUUAACAAUUGUGGUUAAUAAGCAAACGGUAAUAAUAAAGGCGACGUUAUAUUGUACAGCAACAGCAA